AUGCGCAUAACAGGCAAUCCGAGGGGUCGACUCUCUAGAGCUAGCUAGGUCCAGGCCAACCGACCGGGCUCCGGUGUCCUCUAUUGAACAUGGCUUCUAGAGUGUAUCAAAUGGGAACCAUAGUCAGUAGGGUGAAUCACCUAUUGCAGACUGGGGUGCUGAAGGAGAGACCGCUGUGGUUGGAUGUGGUUGAGGCCUUUCCACCCGACGUCUUCCCUAAACACAACCAGACACCAGAGGGUGGGCGAGCACCAGUCAUCGCAUACCCUGAAGACGAACUAAAGAGGAAAUUUUAUGACAAUUAUGUCAUUGUGAAGCAGCCGGAAAAGUGUGUGUCGCUGUUUGAAGAGAAGCCAGAGGUUACAUCUGUCUGUAGCAGGUUUGUGUCGGAGCAGUCAAAGAGCCUGUCGCUGGGUGACGAUGAGGUGGAGGCUGGCAGGAGGGCCAUGUGGAUGCUGAGAAGUGAGGGAAUCGACAUUCGAGUCAAGCAGGUUGCAGAAGGCGUGUCCGGUGAGGACGGUAAAACCGGUGCUCCAUCGACUCUCAGGGGCCUCAAGGAUCUACUGGAACAGAUGCACUCCCGGCAGUCCCACACUGGCUCUCAGUCAUGACCACACACUGCAUAAUAAUUAUCACUGUACUCUUUGCACCGAGAAAGAACUAGAUUUGGUACACUACAUGUGACACAACAUUUAGUACGCAUGAAGGUUCAAAUCGCACGUUUAUCCUUGAGCAUAAUAGUUGUGGUACAUUGUAUAUUCAUCUGUUAGUCACAACAACUCCGCAGACAAAAGGUGGCUGUGCUUGUUCACAGUUUUGACUCUUUGGAUGAGUAAAGGAACUGUGAUUGUACAAAAUUGCUGUAUAUUAUACAAGAGGGCACAUAUACAAUGGUAGGGACAUCUUGUUGGAAGGAGGAUUGAGGUGUAUGAUAGAGUGA